AUGUCACUUGGACUCUCUUCUUCAUCAGCAUCUGUUACUCGGAGUCUCUUUUGCAUCAUCAUCUGUCACUUUAAGUCUUUUAUCCAUCAGCAUCUCUCACUUGGAGUCUCUUCUACAUCUGUCAAUUUAAGUCUCUUCUUCAACUACAUCUGUCACUUGAGUCUCUUUUUGUAUCUACAUCUGUCACUUGAGUCUCUUUUUAUCAUCAUAUGUCACUUGGACUCUCUUUCUUCAUCAGCAUCUGUUACUCAGAGUCUCUUUACAUCAUCAUCUGUCACUUUAAGUCUCUUAUCCAUCAGCAUCUCUCACUUGGAUCUCUUCUUCAACUACAUCUGUCAUUUGGAGUCUCUUUUGUAUCUACAUCUGUCACUUGGAGUCUCUUUUUUAUCAUCAUAUGUCACUUGGACUCUCUUCUUCAUCAGCAUCUGUUACUCAGAGUCUCUUUUACAUCAUCAUCUGUCACUUUAA